AUGAGUCCCAGACCUAGUCCCGACAGCGACCCGCCGCAGCCGCGAACGGGCCUGACGUCUCCAAUCACAUCCGCGUUCGCCGGCGGAUUGAACGCGAGUUCCGAUGCGUUCUUCAAUGUCACUUCUUCGUGGAGCGCUCCCAGGCGCGCCGACAAGGUGGGGAAAGGGGCCAAAGGCGGGCCGGAGAACGCGCUGCACGGCUUCCGCGGAGUGCGGCAGCGCAGUUGGGGGAAGUGGGUGGCGGAGAUCCGCGCGCCGCGCAGCAAGAAGCGCAUCUGGCCAGGGUCGUUCGCGGACGCGCGGACGUCUGCGCUGACGUACGACCGCGCAGCGCGGAAGUUGUACGGGCCGCGCGCGCAGCUUAACUUCUUCGACGAGGCGGCAGUUUCCGCGCCCGCUAGCAGCCACCCUCACGGCGCAAGCUUGCGCGCCGCCGACGCCCGCAGCGGCUUGGUCAGCAGCGGAAGCGGCAGCGGCGGGAGUGCCGGGAGCGACAGCGAAGGCGGCGCCCCUUACGCAGGCGUGAUCAACGGCGGCGCCGAACGCGGGGUGAGGACGAGGCGCUCCGUCGAAACGCCUGCGCAUGUACCGCGCUGCGCGUCGAGCGACGACGCGACGCAUCCGUCGCUGUCGAGGUUCGCGUUACCCGGCGGCGCGCCGUUUCUAACGCGCGACUCCAACGCAUCGGAGAGCGCCGUCGGUGCCGCCAUGGCGGCGGGCUCCCGACCCUCGUCGCUCGACACAGGAACUCUCGCUGCAGCGCGAUGUGACUACAUCGGUGCCUUGCCACUGCCGAGCAUGACGUUCCAAGAGAUCUUCAACCGCUCGUCGGAGAAGCGCGGCAUGUGGCAGGGGCCCGUUGAGAAGCGCGGCAUGUGGCAGGGGCUUGUUGAGUCGUUCCGCGCGCCCGAGGCGAGCAGCGCGGGGCGCGUCGACCCGUCGACUGAGAGCAGGCAACUGAAGCGCGGGGAGCAGCAGCAGGCGGAGGAGUCCGUGACGUGCUGUGGUUCUGAGUCGACUCAAAAGGAGUCCGUGGCGUGCUCUGGCUGGAGCCAUGGCGGCGGCAUUGCUGAUCACAGCAUUGUGAACCAGUAUUGGAAUCAGAAGAACCAGCACUGUGAUUCAAAUCAGGGAGUUUUUGCUGUAGCGGUAAACCAGGGGGCGGCGAACAUGCGUUUUCCCCCGUGCCCUGCUGUUUUGCCCGCCCAGCUGAGUCAGCAGCCAGCUUUGACGGUGCGCGGGGGGCUUGUUCCGUAUGGCAGCAUUUUUGCAAGCCCCCCAGUUAUGUCGGUGACCAGCAAUGACCCACCCGGGGGCAUGCCAGAGAUUUACAGGUCGACUCAAAGCAUGACGCAGCAGCCGGCGCUGGCGGUGCGCGGCAUGCAAGCACCUGGCAUGGCAGUGCCGUGGGGGUGUGGCAGAGCAGUGCCCUGGGUGCAGCACAGAACAGUAGAGCAGCAGGGAGCGAUGGUGCAGGCGCUGAGGGAGAGCAGGGCGCAGCUGGUGCGCGAGCAGAUGGGCAUCAGUGCUGGCGCUGUGACCGCUGGAAACGCCUGGAUGGGGACUGCUGGGACGGCUGAGGAUGCUGGUGCCGGGGUGUGGAGUGGUAGGGGCACGGAUGGGGCAGAUUCAGUGCAUGCGGGAGGAGCAGGCAUGGAGCAUGGUGUGCAGAAGAGAGCGAUGGAGCAGCAGGGAGCGAUGGUGCAGGCGCUGAGGGAGAGCAGGGCGCAGCUGGUGCGCGAGAGAUGGGCGGCAGUGGCAGUGCAGGGGCUGCUGCAAACACUUCUCAUAGCCCAGGGAGCGAUGGUGCAGGCGCUGAGGGAGAGCAGGGCGCAGCUGGUGCUUGUGAGCCUGUGA